AUGCCCGGCAAUCACUGCCGCGGCGGCGGCACCGCGCCGCCCUCCGGCCGGGAGGCGCCCGCUAGCAGCGCCCGCCCCGGCGGCGGAGCCGCGGCCCAUCCCCUCCCCGCGCUCCUCCUCGCCGCGUGGCUCUCCCCUUCGGCGGCAGUUUUGGCUGCGUCCUUCUCUCUCUACUCUCCUCCCUCAUUCUCUGUAUGUGGCGGGGCUAUGGCCGCUUCCGAUACCGAGGAGCACCUGCAAAAUGCUGGCUGUCGAACUUUGUCCCUGUCUGCACAUGUUGGGUUUGAUAGCUUACCUGACCAACUGAUCAGGAAAUCCAUCAAGCAUGGCUUCUGCUUCAACAUUCUUUGCAUUGGGGAAACUGGAAUUGGGAAAUCAGCCUUGGUGAGCAGUUUGUUUAACACGGAUUUUGAGGACUCUCCAUCAACUCAUUUUCUGUCAAGUGUGCGACUUAGAGCCCAGACUUUUGAACUCCAGGAAAGUAAUGUUCUUUUGAAGCUGACAGUUGUGAAAACAGUGGGGUUUGGUGACCAGAUGAACAAAGCAGAUAGCUAUCAGCCAAUAGUGGAUUAUGUAGAUGCACAAUUUGAAGCCUAUCUCGAGGAAGAACUGAAAGUUAUACGUUCUUUAUUUAGCUACCAUGAUACUCGCAUCCAUGUCUGCCUCUAUUUCAUUUCACCUACAGGCCGUUCUCUAAAAACCAUAGAUUUGUUAACUAUGAGAAGCCUAGACAGUAAGGUGAACAUUAUACCAGUUAUAGGCAAAGCAGACAGCAUUUCUAAAACUGAGCUGCAAGAGUUCAAGAAGAAAAUAAUGAGUGAAUUAACUAGCAAUGGCAUCCGAAUAUACCAGUGUCCUACUGAUGACGAAACCGUUUCUGAGAUUAAUAGCAUCACAAAUGGUUAUUUGCCGUUUGCCGUGGUAGGAAGUAUGGAGAAGGUGAAAAUUGGAAACAAAAUGGAGAGAGCUCGUCAAUACCCUUGGGGCAUUGUAAAAGUGGAAAAUGAGAACCACUGUGACACAAUAAAGCUCCGCAGGAUGCUUUGCAUAAAUAUGGAAGACUUGAAGGAUAAGACUCGUGCGUAUUAUGAGUCGUACAGGCGCUGCAGGCUGGAGAAGUUGGGUUGCAGAGACAUUGGCCCUGAGAACAAAUCAGUCAGUCUACAGGAAGUCAUUGAGACAAAGAGGCUGGAGUUCUGCCUUGAAGUGGAAAGAAAAGAAGAGGAGAUAUGGCAACGAUUUGUGCAGAGAGUGAAGGAGAAAGCAGCAAUGUUGGAAGAGGCAGAGCAACAGGUACUGACUGAAUUUGAACAUCUUACGCUAAUGCAUCAAGAAGAGGAGCUGAAAUUAGGGAAAGAGAAAAAACUUCUAGAAGAUGAAAAAACUCAGUUUGUUGAGAAGAAAGCUGUCACUGAAUCAAGUCAGUCACAAGUGUCUGUCUCUAGCCCUGUUAGUUUGAAGACACAAGGACUGCAAAAAAAGCAAGAUUUUCAACUUGAAGCCCAGUGCUUUCAUAUCAGAGAUGAAGGAGCUGUGAAUGUUGGAGAGCAGAGCAAGAGGGAGAGUGAGAAGGAGGAGUUAGAGAGAGAAAUUCUCCCAGGGAAUUUCAGGAAUAGCAUUUGAUUGCAGCACUCAGGUUUUGAAUGGUAGGGUAUGUUAGUAGUUUUAUGAAGUAGUCUAAUUGCUGUUUGGCCCAUAUUAGAUGUGUCUUCCUAGUAUAGAUUUUUGAGAGAAGAAAUUGAAAAAAUUUGCUGUAAAAACACCAAGUGCAGAAUAUGACCCAAUAAAGAUUUCACUUUCUUCCCACCCAUACACUUCUUUCACCACUCUCAAAAGAAAAACUUGAAUAAAUUGAAAAUUCAGAAAUACUUUCAAAAGUAGUGUCCAGAAUAACACUCCCAACUGAUUUAUAUUAAAAACAUUGAAUUAAAUGCUCAUGUAUUAAAUUAAAUUGACUUAAAUGUUUUUCUCCUCCAAAACCAGAAGUCAAUUAACUUACUAAUUUUCUUUCCUGAUAAUUUACAAAUUUACUGCAGAUAACAU